GAAAACAACAUUUUAUAAUCGCAAACUUCCUUUUUUUGCUCCCAAAGACAAAGCAAUAUUCGCAGAAUUGAAUCGCAAACGUGAUCUUCCUGCAGAGCCCGGAGGCUUUAGGAGUCUGCAAGGAAGUCAUCAUGUGAGAAAAAUUUAUUUGGUAAUCGGACAAAAGGGCUGGAUUACGAGAAGAAGAAAAAAAAACGAAAGUUUGAAGGGUGAGAGCGGUAUGUCCGUGGAUGAGCAGUCUGAAGCCCCCAUGUACGUGUAUGAGUCGAAGGUGCACUGCGCUAACAUCCUGCUAGGCCUGAACGAACAGCGGCAGCAGGGCCUGCUCUGUGAUGUCACCGUGCACGUGGAGGGCAAGGAGUUCCGUGCCCACCGCGCCGUGCUGGCCGCCUGCAGCGAGUAUUUCCUUCAGGGCCUGGUCACCCACGGCAACAAGGAGCUGGUCUUUACCAUGCCCGACGAGGUCACUGCCAGGGGCUUUGCUCCACUGUUGCAGUUUGCCUACACAGCCAAGCUUUUUCUCAGCCGUGACAACAUCCAGGAAGUGAUCCGCUGUGCCGACUUCCUGCGCAUGCACAACCUGGAGGACUCAUGCUUCCGCUUUCUGGAGGCACAGCUGCGCAGCGAGGAAGACGGUUCCCUGCUCUGCCACAAGGUGGUGCCGGAGAGCAACCACUCGGAGGACGAGAGCAUGCAUGCCGAGGUAACGGCUCCCACGAACGCCGCAAUGCCUGCCUGGGAUGGUUCCCCACGCUCCCAUCGCUGUGCGGAUGCCCUGAGGCAGGCGGAGCACGAGCGGCUGUCGGCAAGCGGUGGUUUUCCGGAUGGGCAGGCAGAAGCGGAGCAGCAGGGCGUGGCGGAGCUGCCGCGCUGCCCCAAGUAUAGGAAGUACCAGUGGGCCUGCAGCAAGCACAACAACGGAAGCCCCUCACACACCAGUAGUACCUCAGGGUUCCCCAGCACGUUGCUCAGUGGGCCGGUCAUGAAGCAGAUCAAGCAGGAGCCACCAGGCGAGGAUGAGCCCAUCCUGCUGGGCCUGUCGGGAGACGAGGGAGGGGACGGGGAUGGGGACGGGGACAGCAUAGCCGACAUGGAGCUGGAUGGCGGCAACAAGUCGCCCACGUGCCUGCGCGCCUUCAUCAAACAGGGCGUGACGGACCCGGGGACCGCCUCCCAGCUUUUUGUGGGCAGGCUGGCCAAGGCCAGCACUCAGGGAGAGCACAAAAAGGACUACCGGCAGGUGAGAGGGGGCGAGGCAGGAGACGGAGCUGAGACAUCCGCGCCUGUGGCCUUCCCCAAAGACGUCGACGGUUUCUCCACAGGGCUGUCACUGCGGUCGGCGUCAUGCGACGGCGUUUGCAAGCAGGAGACGGAGCUUGAUCGCCGUAGCGUUAUCUUCUCGCCUGGUGCGUGUGAGCGGCUGCCGGCGCCUGCCCACUCCUACCCAGGGGGCAACUCGCUGGACAAGGAGCUGCCCAAGGGAUUGUGGGUGGGCGGCGGCCAGUCGCUCCCUCUCUCGCAGGCAUUUGCACCCGGGACGACAGCAGCAGCUUCAGGUGAGGCUCCGGCUCUCCUGUGUCGCCCGCGUCCCAACACCAGCUGCCCCGUGCCCAUAAAGGUGUGCCCACGCUCACCGCCGUCGGAAGCACGCACACGCACCUCCAGCUCCUGCUCAUCCUACUCGUACGCUGAAGACGGCAGCGGCGGCUCACCCUGCAGUCUACCCCAGUUCGAGUUCUCCUCGUCGCCAUGCUCCACUGUCACCCGCUGCUUGCCUGCUGACCCACAGGAGUCUGGCACGGGCACAGACGCCAUCCUCGCAGCCGCCUGCCCCAAGAUCAAGUGUGAGCCGCCAUACGGUACCAACUCCAGCGACGAGUCCGGCUCCUUCUCUGAGGGCGACAGCGAAUCCUGCCACGUCCAGGAGCAAGGAACCGAAAUCAAGCUUCCUUUCCCCGUCGAUCAGAUCACGAAUCUUCCGCGGAACGACUUCCAGAUGAUGGUGAAGAUGCACAAGCUGAGCGCGGAGCAGCUUGAGUUCAUCCAUGAUGUGCGUCGGCGCAGUAAGAACCGCAUCGCCGCACAGCGCUGCCGAAAGAGGAAACUAGACUGCAUCCUCAAUUUGGAGUGUGAAAUACGCAAACUGGUGUGUGAGAAGGAGAAACUCCUAACCGAGCGAAACCAGCUGAAGGCGUGUAUGGGGGAACUGUGGGAGAACUUUUCCUGUUUGUCUCAAGAGGUGUGCAGGGAUGUGCAGCUGAGCCCCGAGCAGGUCCAGUCUCUACCCCACUACUGCCCUGUUCUCCGCCCUGCCCCCCCCUCCCCCAGUAACCGCGCCCCUUCUGUGGCCAGCAUCGACCUCACCACCCGCUCGGGAGCCACCACGCCCGACCCGGGCUUCCUCAAGUUGCCCACCUGCGAUGUCGAUGGGCAGCUGGCACCAGCAUCAACCCAGUGGGGCACCGGGAAUGGGGUGGAGCACGUGGACAACGGUGAAAGGGAAGAGACAAAAGCCAGCUCCGCCUACUCAGAGUCGGGCCUGUCCCUGGAACAGUCCAAUCAUACAGUGACAGUAGACUUCUGCCAGGAGAUGACAGAUAAAUGUACCACUGACGAACAGCCAAGGAAGGACUGUACCUAGUGACAGUAGUGGUUUUCCACUUGUUUUGUUUUGUUUUUGUUUUUUUGUUUUUUUAUUUACUUUUUGUUUUUGCUUUAAUUAUUUAAAUUAGAUAUGUCUUCUGACAAACCCUCAAAGCUCGAGGGUUGAUGAGAUGGUCAGCCAGUGUUAUAUGAUUUUUUUUCUGUUAAUUUUUAUAUAUUUAUGUCUUUUGUUGUCUUUUUUUUUUUUGGUUCGUUUUUCUUUUGGUUUUUUUUUGUUGUUGUUGUUGUUGUUUUAAAUGGUUGACACUACAGUUGUCUUAACAGCAGCAAUACUGUUCCUGCAGGAUCUCUCCAGCUCAGCCUCAGAGUGGCUGCAGUUUCUCCCAGAGCUCUUGUCAUGGUGCUAGACCUUUCUCCCUUCACUGACCUCUGACCUCUGCCAUCUCCUUCCAAUUACAGUCCACUUGAGGGGACAGGCUUUGAGCCUGCCUCCCAGUCAGACCUCCAUGGACCUAGCCGAAGCAUGUUCUCUCCGUCUCUCGCUCCUUUUUUCUCCUGUAAUUUUCCUCUACCUCCUUCACUCUCUCUCGGACAGCAAAAUCAGCAGUGUUAAAUUAACACCUAUAGUGUUCAAAAGGCUCCAGUUGUACAUCGUGAUAAUUUAGCACUGGUCAUUUUUCUGAGUUUCUCUCUCUCUCUCUCUCUCUCUCUCUCUCUCUCUCUCUCUCUCUCUCUCUCUCUCUCUCUCUCUCACUUUGUGACCCUUGUCACAGCAAAUUCAAACUCAGGAAAUAUUCAGAAUGUUAUAGGAACUCAUAAAAUAGAAAUUCAUAAAAAAAAAAAGGAUAAAGAUUCUGUACAUGAAAUAUUCUCUUUUUACUGCAGCUAGACCACAAAUGUUCAUAUGCAAAAAAAAAAAAAAUUGUCUUCUGUGUUACACAUUUGUAGUGUCUCCACAACACUUAAUUUGUACGGACAGUUGUAUCUUUAAAAAAAAAAAAAAAAAAAAAAAAAAAAAAAAAAAAAAAACCCAAACAACAACAAACACAUUCCUCUAUUGCCUUCUACAGCACGGAAAUGAAGGAAUGAGCAAUGAAAAGGAAAAAAGAAAGUGCAGAUUGGAAUUCUAGUACUUCUAGUAUCAAUUGCUAAUGUCCCCCUUCACAUCAGCAAUACUAUUGUGUUUGGGUGUUUUUGAUGGUUAUGUACAAAGUGCUUGCUGGGCCGAACAUGUGUUGUAUGUAGUACUGAGCAUGGCGAGUUUAUUGGUAACCUUGGUAGCACAUUCCAUGUGUUCCUCUUGCGCUGCGCUUCAUGUUGUGCACCUUUGGUUGCCAAGGGAAAAAUAUUUGCUUUGCUGUUUCAUGUCUGAAGUGAAUUGCCCAUGACUGUCGGUGUGCUUAAAACUCAGGAAAAUAGCUUCUCACACACACACACACACACACACACACACGCACACGCACGCACGCACACGCACCCACACACGUCAUACACAGACAUACCCCUGAUGUAAGCCCCUUGCAUGUCACUUGGUUUAAAUGCAUUGUGAGUAUUUAAUCUGCUCCAGACAGAUUUGCCCUUCAGAAAUUUGGAAAAAGCCCAAUCUCUCUUUUAGAGGAACCUUUGUCCUUAGUCAGUAUUUAAAGAUGCUGUGUGUGUGUGUGUGUGUGUGUGUGUAUGUGUGUGUAUCAUGAAGACUCCAUAGACACACUUUUAGAACUGUUUCAGUGUUAUGUUUAAAAUACUUUAUCAAAAAAAGAUACCUACCUUCCAAAUGGAGGAGGUGGAGACAUGUCCAGCUCCCUUGGGAGCAGGUGCUGAUGCGUGAGCUCUGGUAAGGCCUCUUCCUGAGCCUGUGUCGGCUUCCAGCACUUACCGUCUCCCCCCGUUGAGCAUGGAAGUGGGCAUGCAUGCAUUUGCCAUCCACCUGGAGCGGUGACUAGUAUUGGUGCGACUUUGGUCAGUUGGUUUGUGAAGCUCGUUAAAAAAAAAACCCCACCCCCACCCCCCCGGGGCUCGAGCUGGCUAGGCAACAUGGGAUCCCUCUCGCCCUAGUACACCCUCCAGCUGCUCAGCACUUCAUAAAGGGUAGAUUUCACAUUCAGAACCCUAAAAGUCUGAAACUGAAGCACUUACAAUAGGCUCUUAUAAAGGCCCCCAUAUGAACAGAUAAUCGUUUGUACCACAGUUGUUUAUAUUUUAAGCUAUUUCACAGUUAGCUGAUGAAGACCAAGUCCAGGAACGAGACAGCAACCAAAAAUGAGAGAAAUGGAAAUAAAAAGUUGCAAUACAAGAUAGUUCUCAAUUCACAUUUGAUUGUCUAAGAGUUGAAUAAGCUAAAUCCAAGCUCUGGUUCAAAAAGAACCAAGUAAAUCAGUUUUAACUUAAAUGGGUAUUUAACCACCCUUUAAAAUAGUUCUGUAUUUGCCCUAAUUGUACAUUUGUUAGAGACUUAUAUCUAUCAUAGGACUGCAUGCUGCCUGUAUAUUUUUUUAGUUUGUCUCUUUGCCCUAGGAGUGGCCUAGUGCAGCUUUUCUUGGAGGUCAUUGGUUUAAUAGCGUCUUAUUUGCUGAAUUCCAGUAAUAGGAUU